GCAUUGCGCUUUUCUUGCGCUGUUCUUCAUAUCAAGCACACAGCAGCUGUGAGUGUGUUUGUGUCGCAGUUUGUGGGCACCGGGCAGAAUUAUGGCAGGCAGACGCUUCAUCCGAUCAGCAGCUCGUGUUAUUUACAGUCGACGACCUCUUCCUCCUCAGCAUGUCAUUAGAGGGCUGGCAUCUGGAGGUAUUCCGUCAGAUGAAGAGCAAGCCACCGGUCUGGAGAAGAUUGUGUUGCAAGCCGCCAAAAAAGGAACUGAUCCAUUUAACAUUUUGAAACCAAAUGAGUAUGCAGGCUCCAAAGAAGACCCUCAUAUCGUUCCCUCAAUCACCAACAAGAGGAUUAUUGGCUGUAUUUGUGAGGAAGACAACACAGCAGUGGUUUGGUUUUGGUUGCAUCAGGGUGAGGCUCAGCGCUGUCCAUCAUGUGGCGCAUACUACAAACUUGUUUCACAUGAAUUACCCCAUUAAAAUCACAUCUGUGUUGUACAGAAGAGCUAAAACACUCCUAACUGACUAUUAAACACCAUAGAUGUGUAACAUAUGCAUAACAUAUUUCUUUGCUGUUCCCUAUUCCGCAGAUUUAAACAUGAAUUGCAAUAUUUAGGGACCUAUUUAGGUCUUUCUCACAAGAGCACAUAAAGCGUUGUAAUAUUUAUAGUCUGAAAAGAGACCCCUGCAACAUUUUCCUUUGGUCUUGUUUGUAAUAUUUUAAGAAGAAUGGUUUACAUACCUUGUAAGAACUUUCCGAAAUGUGAAUUUUUCUCAAACAACAUUCCAAAUUUGUGCCAAUAAUAAAAAAAUGUUCUUGUUACAUAAGAUGUUACUAAUAACUUGCAACUACAUAAGCGUUACAAAAGCAAGCGAGAUAUGAACUGAAGUUGACCCUGAUUUUUCAAAUGUAUGUAGAGAAAUUACAUUCCCUACUCCAAGUACGUUCCAUUUACUUUGUAAAUCUUGAAUUUGAAUGUUGUCCUUGUUUGAACCAUAUCAAAAUAAAUGUGCCGUUUCA